UAUUAAUUAGGAAGCAAAGUGACAGAAAAGGCGCGUGGGAAACAAACCAGCACACCUCUGGAUCCUACCUGAUUUCCCACAGGUAAGGUGUCGCGGUAAGCCUCCGAUUCAUCGACUGAGAUAGAGAGACAGGGAGAGAUGCUGGAAAACCCUACACCUGCUGCCACUGCUCCUCCUCCAGAUUCCACAACAGUCAAGCGCUAUGCUCCUCCCAAUCAAAGGAACCGUUCUCUCAAUAGACGCAAAUCAGGAGAUCGGUUUGAUAGAGGUAACAGUCUUUAUCAAAAUGAUGGAGAGAAGAACCAGCAGCCACAAUCACAUGCUAAUACAAGAAAUAAUAUCCCGGAUCAUCAUGGUGAUGCAGGGAGCAGCAGUCUCCUCAAUGACAACUCCUCUCCCCACACUUUAAUACCAUUAGAAGGAUGCUGUCGCAGUGAGGCUUCUCAGCUUCUAAAUGAUCGUUGGGCAGCGAUAAUGCAUAGCUACAAUGAUACAUCGAUAGAUUUAUCUGAAAGACCAGUUAUGUAUUCAGGAAGCAGCCCACCAGCAUGGGGACAAUUUAAACUCCCUCAUCAGAUAAUGUCUCCAGUGAACAGUGUUGGAGCUCCUAAUCCACAGAUGGACUUCGCAAGUGAACUUCACCGUGCAGUUCAGAAUGCCAAAGCCAGUUAUGAGAACUAGCACUACCGUAUCACUGCACGAGGCAAAUGCUAUUUCUGGAUCUGGAAUCAUGUAAUGAUUUCUUGGUGUUUAUUAAAACCCAAAACAUGGUACUUAUUUAGAGAUGUUAUUUAUGAAGACAGUCGAUGGUCCUUUUGUGUAGACAUGACCUUGCGAAAGUGAGAAUGUGCUACUUAUGACUUAUGUAUACUAUUGCCCCUGUGCGGUUCAAAUGUUACUGAGGUUCUCUUUAUGCAA